AUGAUUUUUUGUUUCGAAAUAUUUUUCUGCUUCAGAGUUACAACGCUUACACGAGUUCCAGAAACAAAAGAAUGGUAUAUGACUGGAAGCCCGAUAAAGCUUCUCACUAUACUAGCAAUCUAUUUAAUCUUUUGCCUACGUUUGGGCCCAUGGUAUAUGAAAGACAAAAAACCAUACCAAUUAAAAAACGUUAUCAAAAUAUACAAUAUAUUUCAAGUUCUCAUAUCAAUUCAUAAGAAUUUAUAUAAGACUGACAUGCUCUAUUUAGCAAAAGCGUACUGGGUUUAUUACAUUGUGAAAAUAAUCGAUCUUAUGGACACGGUAUUUUUCGUGCUUAGGAAAUCAAACAGACAAAUCACGCAACUUCACUUGCAUCAUCAUACAGUGAUGCCGAUUGUUAGUUGGAUUGCUAUAACAUUCGUUCCAGGAGGUCAAGGUAUAUUAAUAGGAUAUGUUAAUGCUCUGGUGCAUGCUGUUAUGUAUACAUACUACCUUCUUGCCGGUCUAGGAGAUGAGUACAAGAAAUAUCUUUGGUGGAAAAAAUAUUUAACAAUACUACAAUUGCUGCCGGUGAAACUACAGGAAAAAGGGGCAUAA